GCGCAUGCGCAGUAUUGUCGCGGCUGUUUUCACCAGCGCUGGUGCAGUGGUGUUGAGUCUUUUCUUCGCGGUAUUAUCCAGUUGCAAUAAGGUGUCUAUGGAUUUGGAAAGCGGCGCGUGUGAGCCAGGCUUCGUCGGGAUCAGGUUCUGUCAGGAAUGUAACAACAUGCUGUAUCCAAAAGAGGACAAAGAGAACCGCAUCCUCCUCUACGCUUGCAGGAACUGUGAUUAUCAGCAGGAAGCCGAUAACAGCUGCAUCUAUGUGAACAAAAUCACACACGAAGUUGACGAGCUCACACAGAUAAUUGCUGAUGUGUCUCAAGAUCCAACACUGCCUCGUACCGAAGAUCAUCCAUGCCCUAAAUGUGGCCACAAGGAGGCAGUGUUCUUCCAGUCACACAGCAUGAAGGCUGAGGAUGCAAUGAGGCUGUACUACGUGUGUACGGCUCCACACUGUGGACACAGGUGGACAGAGUGAAGGAGAGGUGGAGAGACUCACUCGCCUAAUUUGUUAUUAAGGCUAACGAGAUACAGCUGCUUCAGUGUGGAGUGAAUCUUCAUUAGCUGAGCUGUGUGUUUGUGUAUUCAGAGGACUGAGUCGUGUGUGUGUGUGUGUGUGUGU